AAUUUUUUAGAAAAAGAAAUUACGAAAAAAGAGAGAAGACUUUUUUUUUUCUUUAGUAAUUACCGGUUCUCGUUGCUUUGAACCUGUCGCUGUUUUUUGUUGUUGUUGUUGUUGUUGGGAGCUUUGGUCUCCCAUUUGAACCUUCCAUUUGAAUACAUAUUUCUCCCAUCUUUUGAGGGGAGGUUCCAGCUCCUGGAAGCUGAUAACUUAAGGGUCUUUUCUUGCUUUAUUUAUUUAUUUAUUUAUUUUUUCGUUUUGGGUUUUGAAAGUUUUAAAUUUCUUUUUCUUCUGUAAAUGUGGAGUUACGCUGAACCUGCUGAUUCUUACUAUGAAGUCCGGCCUGAGUGCACGGAUGUUCCAAAAACGAGAUUUAAAAUAAAGGCUGGUAAAACAUUAAGUUCAAGGAAAUGGCACAGUGCAUUUUCUCCUGAAGGGCAUCUAGAUAUAGGCAAAACUCUAGGUCGAAUCCAACGCGGGGGAAUCCAUCCAUCAAUUAGAGGGGAAGUUUGGGAAUUCCUACUUGGUUGUUAUGAUCCUAAGAGUACAUUUGAUGAACGAGAACAGAUACGGCAGUGUAGAAGGACACAAUAUGCUCGGUGGAAGGAAGAUUGCUGUGAAUUAUUUCCUGUUGUUGGGAGUGGCCGGUUUAUUACAGCACCUGUAAUCACUGAAGAUGGUCAGCCCAUCCAGGAUCCAUUAGUAAUUCUGGAGACAAGUCAAGACAAGGCCUUACAUUCUGCUUCAUCAGAUGUUAAUGCUAUUGCUUGUACUUCAGAAAUUGUAAAAGAGCUUACUAGUCAUGGUCCUUUGGACAAGAAAGUAAUCCAGUGGUUGCUCACCUUACAUCAAAUAGGUCUAGAUGUGGUUCGUACUGAUAGAACAUUGGUUUUCUACGAGAAGCAAGAAAACUUGUCAAAACUUUGGGAUAUUCUUGCUGUAUAUGCCUGGAUUGAUACAGAUGUUGGCUAUUGUCAAGGGAUGAGUGAUCUUUGUUCACCCAUGAUAAUUCUUCUUGAAGAUGAGGCUGAUGCAUUUUGGUGCUUUGAGCGUUUGAUGCGUAGAUUGCGAGGAAAUUUCAGAUGCACUGAGAGCUCUGUUGGCGUGGAAACACAACUUAGUAAUUUAGCCUCGAUUACUCAAGUUAUUGAUCCAAAACUACAUCAGCAUUUAGAUGCACUUGGUGGAGGCGACUACUUGUUUGCUUUUAGGAUGCUCAUGGUUUUGUUUCGCCGAGAAUUCUCUUUUUGUGAUUCACUCUACCUUUGGGAGAUGAUGUGGGCCCUCGAAUACGACCCUGACUUGUUCUCUCUGUAUGAAGAGCCCGACUCUAGUGACAAAUCUGAAGGAUCUAAAGGAAAAGCAAAGUCAAUACGCCAGUAUGGGAAGUUUGAAAGGGAAAAUAUGAAAAAUGGGGCAGGGAAUUCGGAAGCCCCGCUCCCCAUCUCUGUUUUCCUCGUUGCCAGUGUCCUGAAAGAUAAGAGUUCAAAGUUGUUGCAAGAGGCUCGGGGCCUGGAUGAUGUUGUUAAGAUACUGAACGACAUGACUGGAAAUCUGGAUGCUAAAAAAGCAUGCAGUGGUGCAAUGAAACUUCACAAGAAAUACUUAAAAAAGGCCAAGAAGACAUAGAAUUUGAUGCGAGACAGGAUAUAUAUUUAUAUAUAAAAUAUUUACAUACAUUCUUUCUACGACCCGAUUCAAGAAUUGUCGGAUUUGCAGCUGUCUUCUGUAUGUUGAUUUGGCAAAUGAUAAUUAACUAUACUUCCACACAAAUCCGGGCUUGGAGAUUUCAGAAUUGUACAAUACCUCCAACCUGAAAAAAAAUGGUCAAAUAGAAUGGAACUAUGUAGCGAAACGUUUCUCCUUUUAUUUUCCUCUUCCUCAUUAUUUGUGUAUCAAAAAACAUUCUUUCAGAUGUCCUACACGAAAUCCAUGUUUGUAUUACAUAUAUUCUUGUUUACGAUUACGAUCAUCCAGUGAAAUAGAAAAGACAAAAAAAAAGAUCUUUUGCUUGCUUGUAA